AUGACGGAUCGUCGACCCGUGGCGCUGGAGGAGGGAUGGGGACGGAUGCAGGAUGGUAUCAUGAAACUGAGACGUAUCCUUGACACGGACGACGCCGAGCCGUUUACGUCGGAGGAGUACAUGAACCUGUACACUACCAUUUACAACAUGUGCACGCAAAAGGCGCCGUACGACUUCUCAGAGCAGUUGUACGAGCGUUACGAGGCGGCCUUUAACCAGUACAUCAAUGCAAAGGUUUUGCCAACGCUCGUGGAAAAGAAGGGUGAGUACAUGCUGAAGAGUCUGGUGAUGCGAUGGGAGAACCACAAGAUAAUGGUUCGAUGGCUGUCGAAGUUUUUCAACUAUCUCGACCGAUACUACGUUCAGCGUCAUCAUUUCCCUCCCCUCAAGGAUGUCGGGGUGAAUUGCUUUCGUCGGCUCGUGUACGACGAGAUCAAGUUGAGCGUGAAGACGGCGGUGCUCGAGCUCAUCGACAAGGAGCGGGAGGGAGAAAAGACGGACAGGACGUUGAUUAAGAAUAUUACGUCGAUUUUUGUCGAAAUGGGUUUGGGGACGAUGGACGCGUACCAAAAUGAUUUCGAAGCGGAUUUGUUGGCACACACUGCGUCUUUCUAUUCGCGCAAGGCUUUGCAGUGGAUCGCAGAGGACUCCUGUCCGGCUUACCUUAUCAAGGCGGAAGAGUGUCUGAACAGCGAGCGCGAGCGAGUGCAGCUUUACUUGCAUCAAACUACCGAAUCCAAGCUGAUUUCGAAGGUGGAGCAACAACUGCUCGAGCAGUAUGAAAAUGAGUUACUGGAGAAGGAGAAUAGCGGAUGUGCGGCACUCUUAGUCGAAGACAAAACGGAAGAUUUGGCUCGCAUGUACCGCCUCUUCCGUGCUGUACCAAGCGGCUUGAAGCCGAUAGCUGAAAUUUUCAAGGCUCACGUGAAGAAGGAUGGAAUGAACUUAGUGAGCGUCGCCGAGCAGACGGCGUCAAACAUGAAGAGCAAGAAGCCGGACAAGGACGCGGCAUCCACAUCCGUGGAGCAGGUAUUCACUCGCAGUGCGAUCGAACUAUACGACAAGUACAGCACGUACGUAAACGAAUGUUUCGACAGCAGUGCUUUAUUCAAUCGUGCUUUGACGGAGGCUUUCGAGAACUUCUGCAACAAGGGAAUCGCCGGGAACUCCACCGCGCAGCUUCUGGCCGAUUUCUCGGACAAACUGUUGCGUAAGGGUGGGAGUGAGAAGCUGAGCGAUGAAAAGAUGGAGGAAACCUUAGAAAAGGUCGUCAAACUCUUGGCUUUUAUUAGCGAUAAGGACAUGUUUGGAGAGUUCUACCGCAAAAAGCUCGCCAGACGUCUGUUGACGGACAGCUCAGCGAGUCAGGAUUACGAGCGUUCAAUUUUGAGCAAACUCAAGACACAGUGCGGAGCGCAAUUCACUGGUAAAAUGGAAGGAAUGUUAAACGAUUUGCAAUCCGCGCGGGAGACGCAAGAUACCUUUGAACGGUGGAUGGAGGAGGAUGCGGCGAACCGUAAGCCCCCUCUCGAUUUCUCAGUCACCAUCUUGACUCACGGCUUCUGGCCCCAGCACAAACCCGUGGAGUUCCAGCUGAACGAUGAGUUGGCGAAGUGCGUGGACACCUUCAGAAGCUUCUAUGAUAAACGCAUGGGACAGCGUAAAUUGACGUGGAUCCAUCAUCUCGGAACGGCUACCGUGGUUGGUAAGUUUGAGACCAAGUCCAUUGAGAUGCUCAUGCAAACCACUCAGUGCGCAGUUUUGCUACUCUUCGGAGCCAAGACGGAGCUGACGAUGCAGAACGUGAUCGAUUUGACAAAAUUACCCCCCGACGACGCCAAACGCGCUCUGUACUCUCUAUCUUGUGCGAAGUACAAAAUUCUGAACAAGUCUCCAGAGGGCAAGACAAUCGGACCGGAUGACGUCUUCGCGUUCAAUGAAAAGUUCACGGAUAGAUCGAGACGCAUUAAAAUAGGACUACCGCCCGUAGACGAGAAGAAGGUCACUAUCGAGCACGUCGAGCACGAUCGGCGCCACGCGAUCGAUGCGGCAAUCGUUCGAACGAUGAAGGCGAGAAAAUCUCUGGCGUACAACCAACUCAUCAUUGAAGUCGUGUCUCAACUCAAACAGAAGUUCGUUCCUGAGCCGAAACAAAUCAAGAUUCGAGUCGAAGAGCUCAUUAACAAGGAGUUCAUCGAGCGCGACAAGGAGAAUCCACAGGUUUUCAAAUACAUGGCAUAA